UUAGAACGACGCCGUUAAGAGUUCUAGCUUCCCAAAAACCUCCUUCGACAGAAAGGGGAAACAACUCCUCUUGUAUAUCUAAAAUCUCUGAUAGCAUUAAUAUAUGAAUCUCACAGAUUGAAAAAUUGAGGAAACUGGAAUCUUGAAAAGGGUGAAGAAAUGGUGUUAGUGUUAGCUCUAGGGGAUUUACACAUCCCCCACAGAGCAUCUGAUCUGCCUGCAAAGUUUAAGUCAAUGCUCGUUCCCGGCAAGAUCCAACACAUCAUUUGUACCGGCAAUCUUUCCAUCAAAGAAGUUCAUGACUACUUGAAGACCCUUUGUCCUGAUUUGCAUAUUGUUCGAGGUGAAUAUGAUGAGGAUACACGAUAUCCAGAAACUAAAACACUUACUAUUGGUCAAUUCAAGUUGGGACUAUGCCAUGGCCAUCAGGUCAUUCCAUGGGGAGACUUGGACUCGCUAGCAAUGCUCCAGAGGCAAUUGGAUGUAGACAUCCUUGUGACAGGUCAUAGUCAUCAGUUCACAGCUUACAAACAUGAGGGAGGAGUUGUUAUAAACCCAGGAUCCGCAACUGGUGCCUACAGUAGCAUCACCUAUGAUGUGAAUCCUAGCUUUGUCCUUAUGGAUAUCGAUGGCUUACGUGUUGUGGUGUAUGUGUAUGAGCUCAUUGAUGGAGAGGUUAAAGUCGACAAGAUCGAUUUUAAGAAGACAAGUACCGCAACUCAUUCUUCUACUCACUAAAAAUUGAGCAGAUUCGCUGCUUGUUUGGAUAUCCUUGAUAUAAUCAGUUUGUAAUCUGUGUAACUCGAAGUGUGUGUUGCACCAAUGGAACUUUUUCUUAACUUGUGAUUAGAAAAAUUAGCCAUAGGAUUAGUAGUUUCUAGCAUUUCUUUUUCUUGAUUCUCAAAGAAUUUGGUCAGGCUGAUACAUAAAAGAUGAUACAGUGUUCUUCUUUUCUCGUCUCUUAGUUGUUAAAGCAUUUGCUGUCUAUAUGAUGAAUGUAUUACAUUGAAUUUAACGGGAGAGAUACGGUUUUGACUGA